AUGUCGGCACCAGCAUCGCGGGCAUCGGCCGCAGCAGCAGCAGCACAACAACAUGUCGCGCAGCCACGUGGGGUCGGCCCGUUGCCGGACCGCGGGCCGGCCGUCUUCGCCGUCACGACGGCCACCCUGGCGCUGGCGACGUUCUUCGUGGCCGCCCGCCUGGUCUCGCGCGUCGCCAUCGUGCGCCGCACCGCCGGCUGCGACUACGUGAUCGUGCUGGCCUGGCUGAUCGCCGCGUUCCUAAGCAUGAGCAUCGACGUCGGGGUGAAGCACGGCCUGGGCCGGCAUGACCGCGACAUCGACCCAGAGAGCAAGGCCGGGUUGCGGUUGUGCGAAUUUGUGUUCUCGAUUCUAUAUAACCCGGCGCUGAUGGCGACCAAGACGUCGAUUCUCAUCUUCUACCUGCGCCUGUCCAAGAACACGCAUCGGGUGCUGCGUCUGGCCUCGUGGGUCGUGCUCGGCGUGGUCAACGUCUCGGGGACCAUCCUGACCUUCCUCAACAUCUUCCGGUGCGCGCCGACCGGGGCGGCCUGGGACGUCGAUGUGCCGCCGGCGCGCUGCAUCCCGCUGCUGACCGAGUUCAUCUGCUCGGCCCCGGUCAACAUCGUCACCGACCUCGCCGUCCUGGCGCUGCCGAUCCCCGUGCUGACCGGCGUGCGGCUGCCGCAGCGCCAGAAGACCAUCCUGGUCGCCACCUUCGCGCUCGGCAUCUUCGUGGCCGUCGUCGACGUCGUGCGCAUCUUCUACCUGCAGCGCGCCAUACAGCACGUGCCGACGAGCCCGCCGUCCGACCCGUCGGCCCAGUACGACCAGGUCGCCGACUUCUCGUGGAACGCCUCGCUGGCGCUGAUGUGGUCCACCGUCGAGGUCAACGUCGGCAUCGUCUGCGCCUGCGUCCCGACCCUCAAGCCGCUCGUCAAGCGCGUGCUGCCGUGCAUGCUGGUCGAUCCCAGCACCACCGCCAGCUCCACCACCAGGACCACCACCACCGCCCACCACCGCAACCCCGCCUCCUCCAAACUCCGCUCCCUCCUCCCCCUCCUCUCCCCCGCCACGCCCGCCCCUGCCCCUGCCCCUGCCCUGGUCCGCGGCAACAGCAGCAGCAGCAGCAGCAGCGACGCAAGCAGCAGCAGCACGGCCGUCACCGUCACCUUCGCCAGCCUCGCCCCGGCCGCGCGGCGCAAGUCGCUGCCCUCGCUCACCGCGCGCGAGGCGCUGCGCGCCGCCGCCCUGCCGACCCUGCUCUUCUUCCUGUGGGGGUUCUCCUACGGCCUGCUGCACACUCUCAACGGCGCCGCCGGCGCCGUGGCGGGCCUGUCGGAGGCCGAGACCAUCGGCCUGACCGCCGCGUAUUUCGGCGGCGGGUAUCUGCUUGGCGCCGGGGUGGGCGGGUGGUUGUUGACCAGGGACUGGGGUCCGCGCUCGGGAGGGCAAACGGGGGAAACCGUCGUGGGCGAGGCCCGCGUCGGCGGGUUCAAGGCGGCCUUCAUCUCCGGCCUGCUCAUCUACGGCAUCGGCACCAUCACGUUCUGGCCCGCCGCCGUGCUGGCCGCCUACGGCGGCUUCAUGUUCAGCAGCAUGGUGGUCGGGCUCGGCCUAGCCGUGCUGGAGACGGCCGCGAACCCGUACCUGGCGCUGUGCGGCCCGCCCGCCUACGCCGAGGCCCGCCUGCUGGCGGCCCAGGCCAUCCAGGCCGUCGGCAGCCUGCUGAGCGGCCUGCUCGCCGACCGCGUCUUCUUCCCGCGCGUCGGCGGCGGAAGCACCGCCGCCGGCACCGCCGCCGGCGCCUCCCCCUCGCUGAUCGACGUCCAGUGGACCUACCUGGCCGUCACCCUGCUGACGGUGCUGCUCGCCCUGGUCUUCUACUACGCCCCACUCCCCGAGGUGCGCGACAGCGAGCUGGCCGCCCUGGCCGCUGCCCUGCCCGUCAACCCGCGCCGGCGCUCCCUCGCCGGCCUGUCCCUGCGCGCCUGGGCCCUCGCCCUCGCCGUGUUCGCCCAGUGGUGCUACGUCGCCGCGCAGGAAACCGCGUCCCUGCUCUUCGAGCCGCUGCUCACCUCGCUGACCCCGCCGUCCGCCACCCCGCUCCCGCCACGCACCUACCUCAUGCUGCUCACGCACAGCGCCUUCGCCCUCUCGCGCCUCCUCGCCGCCAUCCUCUGCGCCCUCUCCGCCGCGCAGCACACCCGCCUCCGCCGCCUCCUCCCCGCCCCGCGCACCCUCCUCGCCAUGUCCCUCGCCCUGGCCGCCCUCUCCCUGCUGAUCGCCAUCGCGGUGCCCACCACCAUCCCCGCAGCAUCUCCAAACCCCGCCUCCACACCUACCGCCACCGCCGCAGCCUCCGGCGGCGGUCCCCCGCUCCUCCUCCUCCCGGCGGUCCUCUUCUUCUUCGCCGAAGGCCCCGUCUGGCCACUGAUCUUCGCCCUCGGCCUGCGCGGGCAGGGCGCGCGCACCCGGCGCGCGGCGGCGUGCAUCACGGCCGGCGGGUGCGGGGCGGGGGUGUGGCCGUUCGUUGCGUACGGGAUCGUGACGCGCAGCAGCGGGAGCAGCAAUAGCAGCAGCAGGGUCCGGAUGGCGAUGGGGCUUGUGGUUGCGCUGAUUGCGGCCGCGGGGGUGUAUCCGGGGUUUCUGGCGGGGUUUCUGGCGGGGAGGGGGCUGGUUGAUCGGCGGGGUGGGGGGAACGCUGAGGUUAUUAGGGAAGGCGGGGAUGCGGGAGGGGACCAGGCGAAGAAAGGGGAUGUGGAGGGCGGAGAGGUGAAGAGGGCGGUGGAUGGGGUGACCGAUGGGGAGGGGGAUGAUAAGGUUGGGCGAGCCGGUGAAGGGGGUCUGUUGGGGCAGCGGCUGGGGCCGGGUUGGCCUCGCUCGAGGGACUCGUGGUUUAUGAAUGGUGGCUUCUGGCGAGAUUCAGGUGAUACGGUGGUGGGAUGUGAACGUGAACAGGCGCCGUGGGAGAACCAGGAGCUGGAUACGAGGAUUUUAGAGGACUAA